CUGUCGAGAGCCAGCAAAAGUAGCUGCAGGGAUAGCUGGUUGUGCCGUACAAAGCAGCCCUUUGGACUGUUGAAUUUGUGCAGUUGUUUGGAGAGUGCUCUCUUCAGUUCUUCGUCAGUAGACCUCUGUCUUUAGUCUUUUAGCCUUCAAGAUGAUGAGCAUCAGAGAUACAGAGAAGGAAUCGGAGUAUGGCUACGUCCAUGGCGUUUCUGGACCCGUCGUGACGGCGGAAAGGAUGAGCGGAGCCAGCAUGUACGAGCUGGUCCGUGUGGGCCAUCAGGAGCUGGUUGGUGAAAUCAUCAAGCUGGAAGGCGACAUGGCCACCAUCCAGGUAUACGAGGAGACGUCAGGUGUCACUGUGGGAGAUCCCGUGCUCAGAACUGGCAAGCCAUUGUCGGUGGAGCUCGGCCCUGGAAUUAUGGGCAGCAUUUUCGACGGAAUCCAGCGUCCCCUGAAGGAUAUCUGUGACAUUACACAGAGCAUCUACAUUCCGCGCGGUGUGAACACUGCAGCCCUGAGCAGGACGAACCGAUGGGAGUUCAAGCCCACGGUCAGCGUCGGAUCCCAUUUGACCGGUGGUGACAUUUAUGGUGAAGUGCACGAGAACAACUUGGUGAAGCAUCGUGUCAUGCUGCACCCAGAAGCCAAGGGAACCGUAUCGUUCAUUGCACCGCCAGGCAAUUACACCAUCGACGAGGAGAUCCUUGCGCUGGAGUUUGACGGCCAGACGACCAAGUACAAGAUGUACCAGGUUUGGCCCGUGCGUAAGGAGCGUCCCGUCGCCGACAAGCUUGCCGCCAACCACCCUCUCCUGACCGGGCAGCGCGUGCUGGACGCUUUGUUCCCGUGCGUCCAGGGCGGUACCACGGCCAUCCCCGGGGCUUUCGGCUGCGGCAAGACUGUCAUCUCGCAGUCCCUGUCCAAGUUCUCCAACUCCGACGUCAUCAUCUACGUGGGCUGUGGCGAGCGCGGCAACGAGAUGAGCGAAGUACUGCGCGACUUCCCCGAGCUGGAGGUGGAAAUCGGCGGCAAGACGGAGUCGAUCAUGAAGCGUACCGCGCUGGUCGCCAACACCUCCAACAUGCCCGUAGCCGCCCGUGAGGCCUCCAUCUACACCGGUAUCACGCUAGCCGAGUACUUCCGCGACAUGGGUGUCAACGUCAGUAUGAUGGCCGACUCGACGUCGCGAUGGGCCGAGGCCCUGCGUGAAAUCUCCGGUCGUCUCGCCGAAAUGCCGGCCGACUCUGGCUACCCAGCCUACCUCGGCGCUCGUCUCGCCUCCUUCUACGAGCGUGCUGGUCGUGUUAGUUGCUUAGGUAGUCCGUCGCGUGAGGGUAGUGUUAGUAUCGUCGGUGCUGUCUCACCGCCCGGUGGUGACUUCUCCGAUCCCGUCACCUCCGCCACGCUCAACAUCGUCCAGGUGUUCUGGGGUCUUGACAAGAAGCUUGCACAACGUAAGCAUUUCCCCUCCAUCAACUGGCUCAUCUCCUACUCUAAGUACAUGCAGGCGUUGGACGACUUCUAUGAGAAGAACUACACGGAGUUUGUGCCACUCAGAACCAAGGUCAAGCAGAUCCUGCAGGAGGAAGAGGACUUGUCAGAAAUUGUGCAGCUCGUCGGUAAGUCGUCGCUGGCCGAGACGGACAAGAUCACGUUGGAGGUGGCCAAGCUCAUCAAGGACGACUUCCUGCAGCAGAACGGCUACACGCCGUACGACCGCUACUGCCCCUUCUACAAGACGGUGGGCAUGCUGAGCAACGUGUGUGCCUUCUACGACAUGGCGCGCCACUCCGUCGAGAGCACGGCUCAGUCCGACAACAAGAUCACCUGGUCAGGGAUCCGCGACAGCCUCGGCGACAUCAUGUACCAGCUCAGUAGCAUGAAGUUCAAGGACCCGCAGAAGGACGGCGAGGUCAAGAUCAAGAAGGACUUUGCCGACCUGCACGAGUCCAUGUCCGAGGCAUUCCGCCGCCUUGAAGACUAGAGCAUUACCCCCCAUCAGCCUGGCCUGGCGGCGGCGACAACAACAACAACAACAGCAACGCCUCCUCCGAUUCUAGACUCUCCGGCUCUUUCCGCCGCCUGUCUCAACCGUAGUAUGUGAGUGUGUGUGUGCGUGCGUGCGUGAGAAUGCGAGUGUUUGCGUGUGCGUGCGUGAUUGAUUCCUGGUGGACGUAGUUGUAUUUUUUACAGUUUUUUUCUUGGAGAGCUCCGUACUCCGGUAGUGCGUUGCAUCUCCUACUUUUCCCGGGAGCUCGAUGUGGGACAGAAAAAUGAUUAUGGUGCCAAAGAUUUCCUCGUGCACCAAAUUAGGUAGCCGUCUCCAUUUUUCCCUGCUGAUUUGCAAUUGUUCCUUGCCUAGAUUUCUUUUAAUUAUUCUAUUUCUAUUUUGCCCCCACCCUGGGGUGCUUGCUCCCCGAUUGUAAAUUGCCCCGGUUUUUUUGUUUUGUUUAUUUGUGCUAUUGUGCGUGUGUGCUUUAUUUUAAUACUAGCAAUGGCUGGCAAUGCAUUUAACACGGAUGUUAUAUGGCCAUUGCGCGCUGACUGUAUUACUACGGCUGUCAACUCACUAGA